CACCAGGCUCUCUAGCCCGACACCCCGAAGAGGGAGGAAAUAAGAUCCGAAUCGCCCGCCGCUCAGACUGGAUUGAUGUUCCGCCUGCAAGGGGUAUCAACCUGACUGGAACACCAAAUGGAGUCUCUCCUGGUUUAUCUGAUAGUCAUUGGUAUGGCUGUGAAGGCCCACAAAGUUCAGAUCUGCCCCAAACGCUGUGUCUGUCAGAUGCUCAAUCCCAACCUGGCAACUCUAUGCGACAAAAAGGGGCUCCUGUUUGUGCCGCCAAACAUAGACAGGCACACGGUUGAGAUGCGCCUUGGCGAUAACUUUGUAACUGGCAUUAAACGUAAAGACUUUGCUAAUAUGACCAAACUGGUGGACCUGACCCUGUCUCGAAACACUAUCGGCUCCAUCGCCCCCCAUGCCUUCAAAGACCUGGAAAACCUACGUGCCCUUCACCUGGAUAGCAAUCGGUUAACCCGGAUCACCAAUGACACCUUCAGCGGCAUGUCCAAGCUGCACCAUCUCAUCCUCAAUAACAACCAGUUGACCCACAUUCACAUUGGGGCCUUCAAUGACCUGACGGCCCUGGAGGAGCUGGACCUGUCCUACAACAACUUGGAAAGUGCCCCGUGGGUAGCUAUUCAGAGGAUGUCUAACCUCCACACUCUAAACCUGGAUCACAACAUGCUCAGUUACAUCCCUGAGGGCACCUUCUCCGGCCUGCAGAAGCUCAAGAGGCUGGAUGUCACCUCCAACAAGCUCCAGAAGCUUCCACCUGACCCUGUCUUCCAGCGGGCGGGGGUCCUGGCCACAUCAGGGAUAAUGGGCCCCUUGUCAUUUGCACUGAGUUUUGGCGGGAACCCGCUCAGGUGUAACUGUGAGCUGCUGUGGCUGCGGAGGCUGAGGAGGGAGGAUGAUCUGGAGACCUGUGCUUCACCGCAACAUCUGGCCGGACGCUACUUCUGGACAGUUUCAGAGGAAGAGUUCCUGUGUGAGCCCCCCCUUAUUACCAGGCACUCCCAGGAGUUGCGAGCACUGGAGGGUCAGAGAGUGACUCUCCGCUGCAAGGCCAGGGGGGACCCAGAUCCCAUCAUCCACUGGAUUGCUCCCGAUGGACGCCUUAUGUCCAACUCCUCCAGGGCUGUGGUCCACAGUGAUGGAACGCUGGACAUCCUCAUCAGCACCGUCAAGGACUCUGGUUCCUUCACCUGUGUGGCAUCCAACCCUGCUGGCGAGGCCCAGCAGACAAUGGAGCUGGUCAUUGCUAAACUUCCCCAUAUCACCAACAACACUGUCGUAGAACAGGAGCCUGACCCUGGAUCAUCAGAUAUCGCCACUGGGACCAAGACUGGAGAGGAGGCAGGAGGGGUGCCUCUGGGGAACGCAAAGACGAGCCAGGAGAAAAAAGUGGUAAUUGCUGAAGCUACCUCCACCUCGGCCCUGAUCAAGUUCAACUUCCAGAGGAGCAUUCCUGGAAUCCGCAUGUUUCAGAUCCAAUACAAUGGCACCUACGACGAUUCAUUGGUGUAUAGGAUGAUACCCCCGACCAGUAAGCACAUCCUGGUGAACAACCUGGCGGCUGGUAUGCAGUAUGACCUGUGCGUGCUGGCCAUCUACGAUGACCAGGUGACUGCCCUCACUGCCACCAGGGUGGUGGGCUGCGUCCACUUCACCACCGAACCGCAGUACCUGCGCUGCCACUUCAUGCAGUCCCAGUUUCUUGGUGGCACUAUUGUGGUCAUUAUUGGAGGCAUCAUUGUGGCCUCAGUGCUCGCCUUCAUCAUUUUCCUCAUAGUGCGAUACCGGGUUUGCAACCAAGGAGAUGUAGAUAAGGCGCUGGAGAUGGGGGACCUUCGGUCUCUGAGCAGCGAUGGGCAGCCGCAGGGCUGUGGGCUCCCCAAGUCCCUAUCCAAACAAGUCCUGCGACCGGAAAAGAAUGACAAGGACUGCCUUAAAGCUGCCCCGCCACAUCCCGAACCAGGCAGACAGCGACUCUCGGUCGUGGUGGCCACCACCAAGCCCUCCAUCCCCGACUGCACCGUCUCUACCUCCUCUGUCAGCCACAGCUGGCACCCGGCCUCUCCGGGGACUCUGAGGCCCAAACACUCCACCGUGCCGUCCAAGUCCUCCGAGACCUGCCGAGCUGAAGCUCAGGCAGACGUCGAGUUAGACAACAUGAACCGGAAUAACUCUUCCGACAUCACAAUGGCCACCACUGUUGCAGUGGCUGUACCUAACCAGCCCGUCAUGUGGACUGCUGUUCCCCGGGUUACGACAACCCAACCAGGCCCCCACCAUUACAUGACUGUGCCUGCAAGGGGCGUGAGAGUGAACCGCCGGCACUCCCUGAAUGUAGACUCUUAUAAGGAGCGCUGCUAUGUGGCCUACCCGAAACCUGCGGGAAGUUUGCGCUCCAAAAGGAGCCUGUCGAUGAGUGGAGAGCUGCCGCAGCUUGAGAGCACAACGAACAUUCGCAGGGCCAGGGACAAACGCUCCAGGUCUGAGUGGCUUCUGGAGAGCACUUUAUGA